GGUCAUAUCAGAUUUGUUGUCACAUUCCCAGAGAGCCAAAGUCCCAAAGAUUCUCCAUUUCAUAUUUAAUCCUUUUUUUAAUGGGUCCUCUUCUUGGUUUUUGGCUUUGAGUUAAUUUGCCUCUUUCUCCAUUUUUCCUUUCUCUUCCUUGUACACUCAUUUUUUCAGUAAAAGUUCUUGAUGUUUUAUGUGGCACUGGUUUGAUAAGUCUUGUUUGGAUUGCUUACAAGAUAUAGUACUUGUAAGUGAUGUUUUGUUUCGGAAAAUGAAAAGCAAGUUGUGGGGAAAGUAUGUUCAGUAUCGACUUUUCAGCUUUCAUGGUGAAAAAAAGUGAAGAAAAUGGAAAUGGAAAGUGGGUUGCUUUUGAGAAAUGAAAAUGAAAGAGAGUUGCUGUGAAGAGUGGUGAAGUUUUUAAAAAUUUGAAGGAGCAAAUAUGCCAACAGUGUGGUUCUCUUUGAAGAAAUCUUUGCAUUGCAAAUCAGAGCCAUCAGAAGUUCAUGACCCCAAAUCCAGGAGACAUUUGAGUACAAUAUUGACAAGAAAGGCAGGGAGGUCAGGUUGUUCAAGGUCUAUAGCAAAUCUAAAAGAUGUUAUUCAUGGAAGCAAGAGAAAUUUUGAGAAGCCACCAAGUUGCAGCCCAAGAUCCAUAGGAAGCAGUGAGUUUCUUAACCCAAUAACCCAUGAAGUUAUACUGAGUAACUCAAGGUGUGAGCUGAAGAUUACUGGGUUUGGUGGGUUUCAAGAAGGGGUGGGAGGAGGUGGUGGCCUUGGCGGCAAUGGCGGUGGUGGGUCAACUUUUGUGGGUACUUUAAGGCCAGGGACACCAGGCCCUGGAGGCCACUCAACUAUGCAUUAUUUUAAUCCUUCUUUUGUGGCCACAUCAACUCCUCCAAGAAAGACUCCUUUUCUUUUGUCAGAUAAAGAAGGGCCUGGAUUUGGGGGCUCUAAUGUUCAUCAUGGUGCUGGUGCUAUUCAUUCAAGCAAUAGAGUCUCUCUUGAGAUUGAUUCCAAUGGAUGUUCUACAGUGACUUGCCAUAAAUGUGGAGAGCAGUUCACCAAAUGGGAAGCUGCUGAAGCACAUCAUCUUUCCAAGCAUGCUGUUACUGAACUUGUCGAAGGCGAUUCAUCGAGGAAAAUUGUUGAAAUCAUAUGCCGGACAAGCUGGUUAAAGUCUGAGAACCAUUGUGGUAGGAUAGAGAGGGUCUUGAAAGUUCACAAUAUGCAAAAAACUCUAGCUCGGUUUGAAGAGUAUAGAGAAAUGGUAAAGAUUAAAGCCAGCAAACUCCCCAAGAAACACGCUCGGUGCAUCGCAGAUGGGAAUGAGCUCUUGCGGUUUUAUGGUACAACUGUGGCAUGCUCUCUUGGCCUAAAUGGUUGCUCAAGUUUAUGCAUGUCAGAAAAAUGUUGCGUCUGUCGGAUUAUUAGACAUGGUUUCUCAGUCAAGAAGGAACUCAAAGGUGGAAUAGGUGUAUUUACAACAUCUACAAGUGGAAGAGCUUAUGAAUCUAUCGAAAUUAUCGACAGGGAUCCGUCUAUAAGAAAAGCUCUGAUGGUAUGCAGAGUUAUUGCUGGAAGAGUUCAUAGACCCCUGGAGAAUAUACAAGAAAUGGCUGGCCAAACUGGGUUUGAUUCAUUGGCCGGGAAAGUCGGCCUCUAUGCAAACAUUGAAGAGCUCUAUCUACUCAAUCCUAGAGCUCUGCUUCCUUGCUUUGUGGUAAUCUGCAAAACCUGAUAAAGAAAGAAAAACCAACUGCUUACAUUAUAGUUUAUCAAGUGAUGUGAAUGCUUUCUGCUCUUUUUGCUUCUUGGUAGAGUGGCUUUUUUUAACUUAUUUCUGGAAGGAUUUUGAUUUUCUUGUUAGCUUCUUAUCACCUGCCAACAUAUCUGAUUUGUGCACCCCAGUGUCAAAUUGUAUCUGCUUAUUCUUACACUAGCCCAAUUAAUACUACUUGUACUUUUACCUUUUCAGUUAAGAUUUGCGUUGCUGAUGCAAUCAGAUUUAUGUACA